CUUAGACAUGCCAGAGUUACUCCCCUUUGAUGUAAAUUGACCAUUUGUAAUUUAAAAGGAGUCAUUUGAGGAAACACCAACUUUAACAUGUUUCUGGCAUAUUAUUAUUACGGUGUUCAUUGUUGAUCUAAAUAAAGAUACACAAAAAGACCACGUUCUUAUAUGAACACAGUAACACAAUGCCAGUCGCACAAAUGGAAGCGACGUCAACGCAAUUCAUGCCAUGGAUGGUUACAAUCAUGAACAUAUCAGAAGUCCUCAGGAACUUGCCAGAACGUAAUGAAGAAAUGCUGAAGAGCGAACUUUUAAUCCAAAUUAGGAAUAUAACAGAGAUGUUAAUUAAUCACACACCUGCGAAGCCGACCUCAUCAGCGAAGCCGACCUCAUCAGCUGAGCCGACCUCAUCAGCGAAGCAGACCUCAUCAGCGAAGCCAACCUCAGCGAAGAAGCUGACCGCGAAGAAGCCGACCUUAGCGAAGCCGACCUCAGGGAAGAAGCUUACCGCGAAGAAGCUGACCGCGAAAAAGCUGAACACUACUAUACCUCCAAAGUUUGAUCUGGUGGCUGCAGCAGUACAGAGUGUGGCACCGACGAGACCGAUAUCACCCAUAAACCAUGUCACUUCCAAGAACGAACAGAACGAACAUAUUCCAUUGGAUAUGUUAGAACAUAUUGACUGGGUGAGCCUGAUGGCUGAUCUGUCUGAUCUGUGAUCUCUUAACACUUUGUUACUUGAUUUAUUGACAAAUCACAUGUAAAUAUGU